AUGGAGGAAAGGGACAAAGCCGGGAAAGCCAGGAAUGGAAAGGUGGUAAACUGCUUAUACCAAAACCCAAAUGCAAUUUUUAGACUAAUUUGCUUUCCCUGGGCAGGAAGUGGCUCCAUUCAUUUUGCCAAAUGGGGCCAAAAGAUUCAUGCUUCACUGGAAGUGCACUCCAUAAGGCUUGCUGGAAGAGAAAGUCGAUUUGAAGAACCUUUUGCAAGUGACAUCUACGAUGUAGCUGAUGAAAUUGCUUGUGCUCUGCUGCCACUCCUCAAGGAUAAACCAUUUGCAUUUUUUGGCCACAGCAUGGGAUCCUAUAUUGCCUUUACGACUGCACUACAUCUAAAAGAAAAACAUAAGCUAGAACCAAUGCAUUUCUUUGUGUCAAGUACACCUGCUCCUCACUCAAAGUUCCGGCCUCGCAUUCCAGAAGGAAAAGAAAUAACAGAAGAAGCGGUUAGUCAUUUCCUCCUGAGUACUGAAACUACUAUCAAAAAUUUUAUUGACAACGAGGAGCUUUUUCAACAACAUGUUCCCAUACUGCUGGCAGAUUUUCGCAUGAUUAGUAAUUUUAUCUUUGAUACUCCAUUUGAGGCUGUUCUUUCUUGUGACUUAUCGUGUUUUAUUGGAUCUGAAGACACAGCAGUAAAGGAUUUGGAAGCCUGGAAAGAUGUAACCACUGGAAGUUUUUAUAUGCACAGGCUUCCGGGAGAUCAUUUUUAUCUUACAGAACCUUCCAAUGAGACCUUCAUCAUGAACUACAUAACCAAGUGUCUAGAACUAUCCACACUUUCCUGUUAUUAGAUAUUUUUCCUUUUGGUCUUAAAAUAGUCAAAGCAAUUACAUGAUAUUCUUCUUAAUUGUUCAGAAGUAGCUCAUUAAUUUU